UGCUCGUGCACUGAGUACACCUGAGUGCGCGGUCCUCUCAGGUCGACUCCGCGUUCCUUCACGGUGCCUUCACGGACUUUCGGUUGUUCGGCUGUCAUCUCGCAUACGGGCUGACAGAGCGCAAAGGGGACUUUGUAUUUACAUCGCGUCUGUAAAGAUUUCCCCUCCGCGUCGUGUCUGCGCCGAGAGGGAGCCUGAAAUCGGGCGACGGCUCGGUCUGUCCUGUGGCGGAUUACAGGCGCCGGUGUUCAGUGAACGUCCCAGCGAGCGCCAGUGCCUGGUUGUGUUUGGACGUUAGCUUGAGCGGCUAAUCUUCCACCAGCUCUCUUUCCGACUCGACUUGUGUUCCCCCUUCAGUGGGACAACUGGGACCCCGGCGAGACGACCUGGUCCUGCGUGCUGGUUUGGUCUGACAAUCAGCAAGACGCCAUUCCGAUGGCAGGUGGGGGCAAGCAACAUGGAGGCUAACUAGCUCCCAACACAGCAUUCAAACGCCACCAUGCCAGCAGGAGUGUGUGGCUGCUGUGGGCCGCUAAGGCCACGCUACAAACGUCUGGUGGACAACAUCUUUCCCGAAGACCCCAAAGACGGUCUGAGCAAGUCGGACAUGGAGAAACUUACCUUCUACGCUGUGUCUGCACCGGAGAAAUUGGACCGGAUCGGAGCAUACCUGGCUGAGCGGCUGAGCAGGGACGUGGUGCGCCAUCGCUACUGGAACGUGGUAAUCGCCAUGGAGGCUCUGGACCAGCUUCUGAUGGCCUGUCACUCUCAGAGCAUCAAGCCCUUUGUGGAGAGUUUCCUGCACAUGGUGGCCAAACUGCUGGAGUCCAAAGAGCCGAAACUGCAGGUUCUAGGGACCAACUCGUUUGUGAAGUUUGCCAACAUCGAGGAAGACACUCCCUCCUACCAUCGCCGCUAUGAUUUCUUCGUGUCCCAGUUCAGCGCCAUGUGCCACUCUACCCACGAAGAUGUGGACACCAGGACCAGGAUCCGAGUGGCAGGAAUUAAAGGUCUGCAGGGAGUGGUUAGGAAGACGGUGAAUGACGAGCUGCAGGCAAUCAUAUGGGAGCCGCAGCACAUGGACAAACUCAUUCCCUCCAUGCUUUUCAACAUGCAGGACAGCGAUGACCUGGACAGGGCGGGGCAUCCCAGCACGCCAUCAGUGUCUGAUCAGGACGGCGAGGAGAACCCGGCCACGCUAGCAGAGAACUGCUUCAGAGAGUUGCUGGGCCGAGCCGCCUACGGCAACAUGAACAACGCUGUGCGACCCGUGCUGGUUCACCUGGACAACCAUCACCUGUGGGAGCCGAACGAGUUUGCCGUUUCCUGCUUCAGGAUCAUCAUGUACUCCAUCCAGGCUCAGCAUUCGCACCACGUCAUCCAGCAGGUUCUAGGCCACCUGGACAUGCACAACAAGAACACUCCUCGAGUGCGUGCCGGCAUCGUCCAGGUGCUGCUUGAGACCGUGGCCAUCGCUGCCAAAGGCUCCGUGGGAACCGCCCAAAAGUCCAAACAAGGUGAUGUGUUCACCUUCCAGAAUGAACACGGGACCCUUCCCAACAUCUGGCUCGGUCCCACCGUGCUGGAAGUCUUCAACACGCUGCUCAAACACUUGAGGAUGAGUGUGGACUUCGAGCUGGGUGAGAGCUCCAGGAGGAAUUCCAGCAGCAGCGUUUCAUCCGGCCGCAGCAAGGAGAGCGAAGAGCGCAUCGUCCAGAACGCGAUCAUCCAGACCAUCGGAUUCUUUGGAGGGAACCUGCCUGACUACCAACGAGCGGAGGUCAUGAUGUUCAUCAUGGGCAAGGUGCCAGUGUACGGGACCCCCUGCCACACCUUGGAUACUGUCAAAAUCGGGCAUCAAGGAACCAAACGCAUCCAGACAAUGCUGCUCAGCUCGCUCAUCAUGGUCACAUCAGGCUUUAAGUCCAAGUCCAUGGCAGCUGCGCUCCCCCCUCCUUUCCUGGACCCGCUCUUCUCCAUCUCCCUCAUGGAGGAUGGUGAGCUAAGGCAGCUCGUGCUGGAGAUCUUGCACAACAUCAUCGAUCGCCAUGACAACCGAGCUAAACUGCGCGGCAUCAGGAUCAUUCCCAACGUGGCUGCACUGAAGAUCAAGAGAGAAAAGAUCUCCAAGCAGGAUGUGGCCUUCAUGAAGAAGCACGGCCAGCAGCUGUACCGCCACAUCUACCUGGGCUGCAAGGAGGACGACAACAUGCACAAGAACUUUGAACUGCUCUUCACCACACUUGCCAUCCUCACCAUCGAGCUCGCCAGCGAAGAAGUGGUCAUCGACCUCAUCCGACUCAACAUCGCUUUGCAGGAUAUGGCGCUGGCCAAUGAGGAGAACAUGUCCAUGUCUCUCCGCUGCGGCGUGAUGGCAUUGGUGGCGGCAUACCUCAACUUCCUGAGCCAGAUGAUUGCCAACCCGUCUUUCUGCCAGCACGUCAGCAAGGUGAUUGAGCUGAGGAACAUGGACGCACCAUAUCUUCUGCCAGAGCAUAUCUUUAGGGACAAGUGCACCUUUCCUGAGUGUUUGGAUAAGGAGGAGCGAGCGCUGUACUUCCAGACCGCUGAGAUAACCGAGUGCCUGGCUGGUCCAGGAUACAACGCUGAGAGACUGUCUAUCCCUUACGUCCCUCAAGUCACAGAUGAAGACCGCCUUACCCGGAGGAAGAGUUUUGUGGACACCAUCUCAUUGCAAGUGGACAUCCUGUCCAAUAAUCUCCCUGAUAAGUCACAGCUAGCUGAGGAGAUCACCUUUGAGACCCUGAAGAAAGCCAUCGACACAAGCGGCCUAGAGGAGCAGGAACGCGAGCGGAGACGUCAGGUGAUGGAGAAGUUCCAGAAAGCUCCAUUUGAAGAGCUCGCCGCCCACUGCGAGUCGAAGGCCAACAUGCUGAACGAGCGUUUGGCGCACAUCUUUGAACUCACCAUCAGGCCGCCGCCCAGUCCUUCCGGAGUGGUGUCGGUGUCAUCAGGCCACGCCCAGAACCAGUCUGUGCCCGUAUAUGAGAUGAAGUUUCCAGACCUUUGUGUCUAUUGAGACGGUCACCAUGGAAAGCUGAUGCAGCCACUAGGGGGGAAGCAGCACUUGAAAAUGACAUUCAUCAGAAAGUGUCAAAAUACUGAGCCAAAUUAAUAAUGAUUGAUUGUAGAAGCUCGCCUUUCAAUCAUUCGCCACCACGCCCAUCGCCUCCACAGUGAGCUCCCACGUGCAUGCUCUUAUAAGAUGCAUUCACUGACAACAUUUCAUGUUUGGACUUUUGAGAAUCACGGCGAUGAAAAGAUGUAUAAAGACGAGAAGAGUUUGACUGGCAGGGGGCGGAGCUACAGCUAAUGGUGUUGUGUAGGAGAGUGUGAGGGACUCGUCUGACAGAACUUUCCACAGCGUCAAUGUGACAAUCAGGAUGCUGAGUCAGCAGUACAAAGGUAGAGGUCAAUAAAGAUUGUGAGCAGGAAGUUUUCAGAUGGUUGACCAGGAUUUCAAAAUAAAAGCUGGAGUCUAAAUGAAUGUUUGAAUAGCGCUUCAAGAAAAGCUGUAAGACAAAUAGACUUUUAUUUGAUGCAGUAGAAAAUUAGUACCAAGAUUUACGUUAGGCAAGAUAAAUGUAAUUUUAGCACUAGAUGGUCUAUUUUUCUAUCACGGCCUACCAGAUGAAAGUAUUUUAUUGCACUAUGUUGCUAACACUUCGAGAAUGUUUUCUCCAUCACUCUGGGCUCUUUAGAUGUACUGUUUUAGAGUAACAUGCUGAUCUAUGCCCACAUAUCUGUACUCCAACAUGCUGCAUUCAAGACCCAUUCAUGUGUACGAAAUGUCCGUCGUGAUUUUAAGCACUCGAUGGCGCCGAGGCCAAACUCAGCACUGCUUGUCACAAGGUACUUCUUACUUGGUCAUAAAAAAAUUUUCCAUGUCGGCGUCAAUCUUCGUGAAAAAUGUUUGUUUGACGUUAAUGAAGUAAUAAAGUGGAUGUUUGAGCAACAGUC